CCAUUCACAAUCCAACGGUUGAGACGCCCUCCUCUCUCUAAAACCAUUUCAACGAACGAACGCUGCUGACGUCUCAGAGGCGCUUCUCUCUCUUUCUCGUUCUCUUUUCUAUUAGAUCUAAAUUUUCAUUGAUCCUGAUCUGGGUUUAUUCUGUUUAAUUUUGGAAUAAUAUCCAUGGCGGCUCCACCUGCAAGAGCUCGAGCCGAUUACGAUUACCUCAUAAAGCUACUUCUGAUCGGCGACAGCGGUGUGGGUAAGAGUUGCCUUCUUUUGCGUUUCUCAGAUGGUUCCUUCACCACUAGUUUUAUUACGACAAUUGGCAUUGAUUUUAAGAUAAGGACCAUAGAGCUUGAUGGAAAACGAAUCAAACUACAAAUCUGGGAUACUGCUGGCCAGGAACGGUUUCGAACUAUCACAACUGCUUACUACCGUGGGGCCAUGGGUAUUUUGCUUGUGUACGAUGUCACUGAUGAGUCAUCAUUCAACAACAUUCGGAAUUGGAUCCGCAACAUUGAACAGCAUGCUUCUGAUAAUGUGAACAAGAUAUUGGUUGGUAACAAGGCUGACAUGGAUGAAAGCAAAAGGGCUGUUCCUACAUCAAAGGGCCAAGCACUGGCUGAUGAAUAUGGCAUCAAGUUCUUUGAGACUAGUGCAAAGACAAAUUUAAAUGUGGAAGAGGUUUUCUUUUCAAUAGGUAGGGAUAUAAAGCAGAGGCUUGCAGAAACUGACUCGAAGGCUGAGCCUCAUACAAUCAGGAUUAACCCACCGGACCACGCGGCUGGGUCUGCUGAAACACCUGCAAAAUCAGCAUGCUGUGGUUCCUAAGUGAAAUUCAUCAAAGAUAGGAGUGCAAGGGUGCAUCCUCAAGCUGAUCAUUUUGGUGGGAAACUAAUCUUGUUAUAUAAACAUUUUGGGUGCUUGUAUCACUCUUCCUUCCUAUCGUCAUUUUCCAAAUUUGCAUGUGAACGGUAGUUUUUCAAUCUCAUUUAGGAAAUUAAGUAUAUUUCAGUUUUCCUUUCCUUUUUUUCUUUUUCUUUUUUUAAAACUUUUUCCUUGUAACUACAUGACCAUUAUUCUAUUGCCUUCCUUUUAUAAUGUAGAAGCAGCCUCUUUAUUCUCUCCCAU